AUAGAAGAACAUCCUCUUGCCCUGGUGUAAACCUGGGUGAAAGCGGGGGAUAUGUUUUCCUAAAAAUUCUGGAGGUGAUUUUUUUUCCAAGCUUGUGCGCGCCUAUCCAAACCGCAACCCGUUUCGGUUUAAGUGUUAUUUGGGCGUCAGUGUAAGUAUGUGCUGUGUAGAAUUUUCCCUCGUUGGAAAUCAUCACGUACGAGUCAGGGAGACAGAGUGAUAAUCCAGCUGAAAAUGUAAGAGGAUUUUUCUAUCCAACAUCCGCUGAAAAUAGAUUAGGAGGACAGCAAUGGAAGUUAAAUUGUGCUGCAUAUAAAAUGGGCGGGCUUGUCAUUAUGUUACAUUGGCACGGCAUAUUCUAAAAUGAAAUAUUCUGCCUUAGGACGUGGGGAUAUUCUGUUCGGCUUCGUUUUGGGAAGCGCAAUCAGUGCAUUCAGCCAUUCAGCGUUCAUUAGACUAGAUAUGCUAGUUUGGUGAAACAUUUCUGUUGCCGACAGACUGAGUUGAACUCACCACACAACCACCAAUGAACAGCGAGAGAGACCUGCGCAUAUCGUCAGCAGCCGCUUCUUCAGCCUCAAGCUAAAAUUCGUCAGAUCUGAGAUCACAGAGGAAAUUUUUCACAUUCCGUCCGACUUGAAAAAAAAAAAGAAUUUGCAAAAAGUUACAGGAUAUAGUCAGUGGACAUCAAAUGCACCCGGGUUCAUCUGCUUGAAAGGUCCUCAUAUUUCAACUAUGUGUGGACAGAGCAGGGUGGCCUCUCUGUGUCUGUGGACUUGUUUACUGGUCACAAGCAGCGUACUGACUGGGAAAAGCUCUGGGCAGAAUGGCAUGACAGACGAGCAGAAAGAUAACACCACAGUGUUCACCAAAAUCUUAGACAGCCUUCUAGAUGGCUAUGACAAUCGCCUCAGGCCAGGACUCGGAGAGCGUGUAACUGAAGUCAAGACUGACAUUUUUGUGACUAGUAUUGGACCAGUUUCGGACCAUGACAUGGAGUACACCAUUGAUGUUUUUUUCAGACAGAGCUGGAAAGAUGAAAGGUUAAAGUUCAAAGGGCCCAUGGCCGUGUUGCGUCUCAACAACCUGAUGGCCAGCAAGAUCUGGACCCCAGAUACUUUCUUCCACAAUGGCAAGAAGUCAGUGGCCCACAACAUGACCAUGCCGAACAAGCUUCUACGAAUUACAGAGGAAGGCACCCUGCUUUACACCAUGAGGCUUACAGUGAGAGCAGAAUGCCCUAUGCAUCUGGAAGACUUCCCUAUGGAUGCCCAUGCUUGUCCCCUGAAAUUUGGCAGCUAUGCCUAUACCAGAGCAGAGGUGGUGUAUGUGUGGACCAGAGGGGCUGCUCAGUCUGUAGUGGUGGCAGAGGACGGCUCCAGGUUAAACCAGUAUGAUCUGAUGGGGCAGAGUGUGGAUUCUGGUGUGGUGCAAUCAAGCACAGGAGAGUAUGUUGUGAUGACAACCCACUUCCUCCUGAAGAGGAAAAUUGGUUACUUUGUGAUCCAGACAUAUCUACCCUGCAUCAUGACAGUGAUCCUCUCCCAAGUGUCCUUCUGGCUCAACAGAGAGUCUGUCCCUGCCAGAACUGUCUUUGGAGUGACCACUGUCCUGACCAUGACUACUCUCAGUAUAAGCGCCAGGAACUCUCUCCCUAAAGUGGCCUACGCCACAGCUAUGGACUGGUUCAUCGCCGUCUGCUACGCCUUCGUCUUCUCUGCCCUCAUUGAAUUUGCCACAGUCAACUACUUCACCAAGAGAGGUUAUGCUUGGGAUGGAAAAAGUGUAGUCCCUGAGAAGCAAAAGAAGAAGAAAGAGUCUCUCCUGAAGAAAAACAACACAACGGCCUACCCGCCUACCACUUCUACACCCUUCGCACCCAAUCCUGCCAGGAACCCGGGAUUAGCCACAAUCGCCAAAAGCGCUCCUCCACCCCCAGACGAGCCCAAAGAGGAGCCGAAGCCCAAACCCCCUGAGGCCAAGAAGACCUUUAACAGUGUGAGCAAGAUAGACCGGAUUGCCAGAAUAGCCUUCCCCCUGCUCUUUGGAACCUUUAACUUGGUCUACUGGGCAACCUACUUGAAUAAGAAGCCCAAAUUGCAGGGGGUCAAUCACACCUAAUUCAUCUUUUUGUCUUUUUGAUUUAUUUUUUUUCUUAAUCCUUUUACAAAAAAGUGGUUAUUUUGAGAUAAACAUUGCGUCCACUCUGGUUUGAAUACCCAGUUGUUGCAUUGCUUCUGUGUUUACCUAAAUUUUGAAGAUUUCAAAAGAAACACAAUAUAGAAAAAAGAAAAAAUAAAUAAAUUCAGAGUUUUGAAAGGGUAUCGUUCAGGUCUAAGAGGAUGCUACUACAAAAUGCUACUAAAAAUAUCUAGCCAAGAGAAUGCUAUUCUACCACUUCAUAGCCCAAGUUUUUCCUGAGGCAGUGUUUUCGUUUGUUUUCUUGCUUAACUGUCUCCCUUUUUGUUUCUUUGUUUUCUUUAACCUAUUUUAAAACAUGGAAUUACAGACAGUAAAGAGGCAUCUGUGAAUAUGCAUGGGCAGGAAAUUGUAUGAUUUCUAUUCAUUUAUUCAAAAAUUAGACCCGUGUUGACUGAUGGCUUGGGUUAUUUGAUGUCACCAGUGUAACGCUCAUUCUUUCUCAAAUAUAUCUUCCAUUCUAGGUAGAAUGUUUAUUAGAUUGUGUCAUUCUUGAAAAAAAAUAUUUCAUUGUUUCUGCAAUAGCAAUAAAACAUGUCUCAGUGGACACAGUUUAUUUAGAGGACAAAACAUACAAAGUUUAAAUCAUCUGUGCUCAGAACUGAAGAUAUAUGGAUUUAAUUUCACUGCAUUGUAAAUACUAUCAAGUGUUAGAGAUGUCUUUAUUAUGAUUAAGCUUUGCAAAGUGUAACUAACGGGGUUUUAACUGCAUCAACGGAAAGGUAAACUCUUUCAUUUGGUUCCUCAUUCUGAUUCUUUUUACAAAUGGAGCAUAAACUGAGUUCA